AUGAGCAGGCUCGACAAGAGUUUAUUUCAGCUUAAGUUUACGGCAAAGGCGCUUAAUCGUCAAGCUAAGAAAGCCACUAAAGAUGAAGCUACCGAGAAAGCAAAACUUAAAAAAGCUAUACAACAAAGCGACGUGGAGAGUGCUCGUAUAUAUGCGGCCAAUGCCAUUCGUAAGAAGAACGAAGCUUUGAAUUUGACAAGGUUGUCUUCGAGGAUCGAUGCUGUUGCAAGUCGAGUGCAGACAGCAGUGACUAUGCAAAAGGUUACGGGAUCGAUGGCAAAUGUGGUAAAAGGCAUGGACAAAGCAAUGGAGUCUAUGAAUCUCGAGAAGAUUUCGAUGGUAAUGGAUAAAUUUGAAUCACAAUUUGAAGACCUCGACGUACAAACGCAAUACAUGGAAGGUGCUAUGGGCAAUACUACUACUAUGUCGACACCUCAAGAAGAUGUUGAUCUCCUUAUGCAGCAAGUUGCAGACGAGGCUGGGCUGGAGUUAAGUCAUGCUCUGGGUGAAGCCGUCCCAAGUAGCAUUCUUGGCUCUGCAGAUAAGACCAGUGAAGAGGAUAAAGAUUUGACAGAAAGGUCAGUUAAUGCUAAAGAAUGUGAGAAAGAUUUGGAAGAACAGAGGCAAAUAGUGAGAAGACGAGAGUAG